AGUCGGGUCAGAGAUUACAGUGUACAGCUGUCUCAGGGGGACAACACAACAUGCACGUAUGAAUUCAAGGGUAGAAAACAACUCCUGUUACCUUUUUACAUUGAUUUAGUAAAGGUUUUUUUUUUCCUUUUAUGUAUUGUAGCACCAUGUUGGCUGCCCAUUUAAUUGCAUUUUACCUCUCCAAACCUCAGGAGGACCCCAUAAAUAAGGUAGAUGGAUUUCUUCGAGCCAUGUGUCUACAAGAAGAACAAUUAAAAGAUGUCUCAGUCCUGUUUGAGGCUGAAAUGAAAAAAGGGCUUUCAUCAAAAAGCAGAGCUAGAGCUGCAGUAAAGAUGCUCCCAACACAUGUGUGCUCCUCCCCCUAUAGCUCAGAGAAGGGACAGUUUUUGGCCUUGGAUUUGGGUGAAUCAAAUUUUAAAGUUCAGCAAAUUGAACUUGGUGAUGAAGUUGACUAUAGAUGUAAAGAGGUGAAAAUACAAGAGAAAAUAGUUCCAAUUCCAAAACAACUUCUAAAUAGCAGAGCAGAUGAGUUAUUUAACUUUGUUUCAAGAUCCUUAAAACAAUUUAUGCAUGAGAAAAACAUAGGUUUUGUGAGGAAACACGCUCUGGCCUUCACCUUCUCUUUUCCUUGUGAACAACCCACCUUAAACCAGGGACUCUUGGUAAACUGGACUAAAAAUGUCAGAACUCCAGGCCUUCAAGGAAGAGAUGUUGCUCAUGCUCUGAAAAGUGCAAUUGAAAGAACAGGGGGUAUGGAUAUUGACAUUGUUGCACUGGUGAAUGAUUCUGUUGCAACUAUGAUGACUUGUGGAUUUGAUGACCCUGAGUGUGAAGUUGGGCUCAUAAUUGGAUCAGGCACGAAUGCAUGUUACAUGGAGGAGCGGCGUUACAUUGACUUAGUGGAAGGAGACGAGGGCCGAAUGUGCAUUAACAGUGAGUGGGGAGCAUUUGGAGAUGAUGGAGCUUUGGACAACUAUAUAACUGACUUUGACAUAGAGCUAGAUGCAGCAUCCACCAAUCCUGGAAAACAAAGCUUUGAAAAAAUGGUAAGCGGCAUGUACCUGGGGGAGCUGGUAAGACUGGCUGUAUUAAAAAUGGCCAAACAAGGACUUCUAUUUCAAGGAUCUGUGCCAAAUGCUCUGAAAGCCAAAGGGAAGAUUGCCACAACACAUCUAGCUGCCAUAGAGGAUGUUCAAAGAGGUCUUCAAAACACCAGAGACAUCCUCAUGGGACUGGACUUAACCCCCUCUGUUGAAGAUUGCAUAGCUAUUCAGCGUGUGAGCACUAUAAUAACCAAGAGGUCCUCUAAUCUAGUGGCUGCAUGUCUGUCAUCAAUCUUGACUCGGAUCAAACAAAACAGAAGAUCGACACAUGUUACUGUAGGUGUGGAUGGUGAACUCUACAGAAGACAUCCACAAUAUUCCAAGCGCCUCCAGAGGGCGGUGCAGAGGUUGAUCCCUGACAUCUGUGUGAGGUUUGUCACGUCUCCUUGUGGCACUGGCACAGGAGCCGCUCUCAUUACAAUGGGAGCUAAACAUGCAGCAUGGAAAAGGCAACAGGUUGAUGAGACGGUUCAUUUGUUUAAACUAAGCCAAGAGCAACUCGUUUUGGUAAAAUCAAAGAUGACAGCAGUGCUUGAAUCUGAAAUGAAGAUGCUGCCCUCAAUUAUUUAUCAUUUACCAAAUGGUACAGAGUCAGGACAGUAUCUCGGUUUGGAGCUGGAGAAAACACAUGUCAGGGCUAUGCUGGUGAACAUCAGAAAUGGUCGGCCUCUACACCACACAAACCAUCAUCACAAGAUCUAUGAAGUUCCCCUGCAGCAGUUACACAAAAGUGGAGAGGAGUUUUAUGACCAUGUAGCACAGUGCAUUUCUGACUUUUUGGAUUUUGUCGGCAUGAAAAACACUUGUCUCCCAGCGGCCCUUACAGUUUCUUUUCCUUGUGAGCAAACAACAGUUGAAAAGGCCACAGACUGUGAGGGGCAGGACGUUGUCACCAUGCUCAGAGAGGCCAUAGACAGACGUGCUACUUUUGACUUGGACAUAGUGGCAGUUGUGAAUGAUACUGUGGGGACCAUGAUAUCCUGUGCUUACGACGAUUCUCAGUGUGAAGUUGGACUGAUUGUUGGAGCUGGGGUCAAUAUUUGUUACAUGGAGGAGUUGAAGCACAUUAAAUUUGCAUUUAGAAAAGAAGUCUUCACCAAAGUUAAAGAGAGUGAUAUGACGUGUGCAGAAGAAACAGGAGACACAAGUAAACAGAGGAUGUGUAUAAACACAGAGUGUGGACGACUUGGGGAAAAUGGGUCCCUUAAUGACAUAAUAACAACUUAUGACAUUCAGGUGGACUUAAACUCACAGCACCCUGGAAAACAACGAUUUGAGAAGCUGACCAGUGGGUUGUAUGUGGGGGAGGUUGUACGUCAGGUUCUGCUAGAUUUGACCAGCAGGGGUCUUCUGUUCAAAAAUGAUGAGAAUAUUGCUUUGAAAACACCCGGGUUGUUCCAUAUUAACUCUCUGUCGCAAAUAGAGAGUGGUCGUGUUGGAGUGGUACAGGUCAGGUCUAUUCUCCAACAGCUGGGACUUGAAAGCAGCUGUGAUGACAGUGUUUUUGUUAAAGAGGUCUGUUGCGCCGUGUCACGUCGCGCAGCUCAGCUCUGUGGAGUGGCGGUCGCUGCUGUAGUUGAUCAGAUGAGAGAGAAUCGAAUGGAGGACAGUUUAAGCGUUACCGUGGCAGCAGACGGAGAUCUUUACAAAAUGCAUCCUCAUUUCUCUAGAAUUCUCAAAGAGACAGUGAAAAGUCUAGCCCCUGAGUGCACAGUGACCUUUAUGACCUCAGAAGAAGGAAGUGGGAAAGGAGCCACUCUUAUUGCUGCAACAGCCAGACCGAGACAGGAGAAGUCAUAACAACGUCACACCAUUUUUCUUAACCUUUAAACUGGUCUAAAAUUCAAACAAGUCUAGAUCCUGACCUGAUUCUGGGUGCCAGCUGUCCAAAGCUCCUGUGCAUACUGCCUCUGGUGUAUGAAUUUGUGUGUCAGUUGAGAUUUCCUCUCAAAUUUUGGUAACUAAUAAAAUAAAAGAUGAAUGUUGAUAACUUAUGUUUAAACAAUUAGUUUAGGUUCUGUUCAUGCAGUGGCUUGUGAUGCCUGUCUGUCUUUCUGUCCAUCAACAUUAUUUUGCUCCACUUGCUGGCUGACACAUUGUAUUUUACAUAAUCUGAAAUGAAAACAAACCCCCAGCAAACACUUAAAGCUCCUAUAUUAUGCAAAACUGACUCUUGUGAGGUUUAAGCCAUUUUAUAAUGUUGUAACCUUUUCAUAUAUUAUUACAUAAAUUUAUAUAUUUUUGUUUCAUUCA